AUGUCGGGGAAACAAGCUACACUGGGGUAUGUUCGGGAUUCCCAGUUGACUAUCGGGAGGUUUUUCGGCUCGAAUUCGAACCCUAAAGAAGCUCCGAAGAAGCAGACUACCUUAGCAUUCUCGGAUAAAAAGAAGAAGGACAAUGCCGCUGCUGAGCCGGAGGUGACAAAUGCCGAGACUGAAACUCCCAAUGGCGAUGAAAUGAAAAUAGACGAAUCUCCGAAGCGGAAAUCAAGUGCACGCAAUGGAAACAAAAAUGGGGAGGACAAGGCGGAAAAGGAGAAAGACGUCGACGCUGAAGAUAGCGAAGGUUCAGAUGUUCAGCCCGCGCGCAAGAGACGACGGAGGACAUCGGUAGACGAGGCCGAUGCUCCUGCUAAGAAGAAAAAGUCGCCAUCACCUAGAGGCUCUAAGAAGGAAGCUAAGGAGGCUUCGCCACCACCCGUUGUCAAGAAAGCCUCUGGAGAAGAGACACCUGAAGAGGAGGAUAAGGCUUCGGAUCUCGAGCCGUCUGCCAGCGAAGGAGAAGAUGAGAAGCCCGAAUUGAAAAAGAAGAAGAUUGAGAAGGUGCAGGAAUCGCUCCAAGGAACUGGGAAGGAACCAUUUCCUGACUGGAAAGCUGGCGCACCUGUUCCUUAUGCAGCGCUGUGCACUACCUUUUCUCUUAUCGAGAUGACCACCAAGCGACUGGAGAUUUCAGCCCAUUGCUCGCUUUUCCUUCGUCAGGUACUUCGGUUGACUCCAAACGACUUGCUUCCAACGGUUCAACUCAUGAUCAACAAACUGGCCGCAGAUUAUGCCGGCGUCGAGCUAGGAAUUGGCGAGUCGCUGAUCAUGAAAGCCAUUGGUGAGAGUACAGGGCGGAGUCUCGGCGUGAUCAAAACGGACCAACACGAGAUUGGAGAUCUGGGCUUGGUGGCGGCCAAGAGUCGUUCGAACCAACCGACCAUGUUUAAGCCAAAGCCAUUAACAGUAAGGGGCGUUCACGAAGGCUUACUUGGUAUUGCCAAGGUCCAAGGUCAUGGUUCCCAAGACAAAAAGGUCUCCGGUAUCAAGAAACUCCUUUCUGCUGCAGAUGCGGAAGCAGCCGGCAAGGGGAGCAAGGGCAUCGAUAUCACCAAAAAUAAGGGCGGCCCUAGUGAAGCGAAAUACAUCAUUCGAUUCUUGGAAGGAAAGCUGAGACUUGGGUUGGCUGACAAGACUGUCCUUGUGGCUCUUGCUCAAGCAAUGGCUAUGCACGAAGCCGCGUCGAAGGGAGAGAAAUCGCCUUCAACCGACAAGAUGGCGUCCGCUGAAUCCAAAUUGAAGACGGUUUACAGUGAACUUCCCGCCUACGAGGUGAUCAUCCCAGCUAUGCUCGAACACGGCCUGGAAAAUCUUGGGGAUGUCUGCAAGCUGCAACCUGGUAUUCCUAUCAAGCCUAUGCUUGCGAAGCCGACCAAAUCGAUCACUGAAGUACUUGACCGUUUCGAAAACAAGGAAUUUACGUGUGAGUACAAGUAUGACGGAGAAAGAGCACAAAUCCACUAUGUUGCACCGGACGCCAUCCAGCACUAUCCAGGAGCAGAAAAUACGCUGCAAAAGGACGCCAAGGGACUCUGUGCUAUCUUCUCGCGCAACUCGGAGGACCUGUCCAAAAAGUACCCUGAUGUGCUCGCAAAGCUCAACACCUGGAUUAAGCCAGGCAUUAGUAGCUUCGUUUUGGAUUGUGAGACUGUCGCUUGGGAUACGGUGAGCAAGAAGGUUCUUCCGUUCCAGCAGCUCAUGACCCGCAAGCGAAAAGAUGUCAAGGCGGAUGACGUUAAGGUCAAAGUUUGCAUAUUUGCAUUCGAUUUGCUCUUCUUGAAUGGAGAGCCUGCGGUCAAGAAGUCGUUACGGCAGCGCCGUGAACUUCUGCAUGAAUCGUUCCAGGAGGUCGAGGGCGAGUUCCAAUAUGCCCAGCAUGGUAACACCAAUGUGCUGGAUGAGAUCCAGACCUUGCUUGAUGACAGUGUCAAGGCGUCUUGUGAAGGACUGAUGGUCAAGAUGCUUGAUACAGAUGAAAGUGGUUACGAGCCGAGUAAGCGGAGUCGUAACUGGCUUAAGGUCAAGAAGGAUUAUCUCAGUGGCGUCGGGGAUUCUUUGGAUCUAGUCGUACUUGGUGCAUACUACGGGCGCGGAAAGCGUACGUCUGUCUACGGCGCGUUCCUUCUGGCAGCAUACAACGCGAACACGCAAACCUACGAGACAAUAUGCAACAUCGGUACAGGUUUCUCAGAAGCUAGUCUCGAAGAGUUCCACAAGGAGCUCUCUCCGCUUACCAUUGACCGGCCCAAGCCCUUCUACUCGCAUUCGAGCGUCCCCAAGGAUCAACCAGACGUGUGGUUUGAGCCCCGACUAGUGUGGGAAGUUAAAACAGCCGAUCUGACUCUCAGUCCCCGAUACCAAGCUGCAGCUGAUGAGUUCGUCGGAACCACUGGUGGAGAAAAGGGCGUGUCUCUCCGUUUCCCGCGGUUCAUCAAGUCUCGUGACGAUAAGAAGCCUGACCAAGCUACCACGACACGAGCGGUUGCUGAGAUGUACCGGAAACAGGAGGCAGUCACGAAGGAGAGCACCGGCAAGAAGGGCGUGGAUGAUGAUUUUGAAUACUGA